UGGCCGCACUCAAGAGAAGUUGAUUUUCGGCCGUAGCAAACCCGUUGUCGGUGAUGAUCAACCUUCGCUUGAGCAACUCACAUGCAGUAAGGAAGGGAGAAGUUUAGAAAUGGGCAGAAGUAAAGUGGAGAAGAUGUUUGACUACGUGAGCCAGGGGGAAGUGAGCAGGUUGAAAUCCUUCCUCAAGAGACACCACGGCGAUCGCCGACUGGAUGUGAAUGCUACGCUGCCGGGCAGGGCAAAUCGGCAGAGGACAGUGCUGCACGUGGUGUGUGCCAGCGGCGAUGACGCCAUGCUGCGGUUACUGAUGAAGUAUGGCGCCAGAGCAGAUGUGCAGGACAGUUAUGGUGACACACCGCUACACCUCGCCCUGCAGCGGGUACUACAUGGCCACAAAUAUGUUGCUGGCAUUUGUGAUAUUUUAAAUGCCCUAAAUGUCCUUUUCUUUGAUGAUUUCUUGUGGUGUAGGCACUUGAAGGCGGAGUAUCUGCAGCGAUGCGCAGAGGUGUUCGGCGGGGAGGGUCAAGAGACGAACCAGCUGGGAUUGGAGGACGUGCCGUGGCCUUGUCGCCACGGCAACGCGGACAAAAUGAUGGAGGUGCUUUUAUGCGACGUGGACAGAGGCGACGCGGCGGAGCUGAAGAGGUUCGUCCGUUCGCAGCAGCUGCUGUGGCAUCCGGACAAGUUCCUGCAGAAAUGCGGCGGCAGAUUGGCGGAGGGGGAACGGGACAAGAUCCUGGAGAGGGUCACCCAGUUAUCCCAGGCCCUGAACCAAUUAGGAGAGGAUGACAAACAGAACUAGGGGGAACGGGACAAGAUCCUGGAGAGGGUCACCCAGUUAUCCCAGGCCCUGAACCAAUUAGGAGAGGAUGACAAACAGAACUAGGGGGAACGGGACAAGAUCCUGGAGAGGGUCACCCAGUUAUCCCAGGCCCUGAACCAAUUAGGAGAGGAUGACAAACAGAACUGAUGCGACCUUGAAUGAAGAGCCGUACAAUGCAAGCUAUUCAGUAACUCUGUAUGGGUACAAUCAACGUGAUCCAGUCUGUUUGGAAAACAUUUGCCCUAACUGCACUUUCCAGUUCAGUGAUUUCUGAUUCCUGAAACUAUGGAACCCUAGAACCCUGGCUCUUUUAUUUACUCCAGUAACAUACAAGCGUGGAACUUAGGCCAGUAUUUAAGUGUCCAAUGACAUGAAACAUUCUACUUCUCUUAAGUGUGCGAAAUCUUUUUUGAGGUCCUUGCUUUGGUGAAUGCAACUGAAGAAUGCACUUCUUAGAAACACAGUCGCUUCAAUUCGUCCAUGCUUUUCCUGACAAGUGAGGGCGCUGUUGCUGUGAUGUCAUCACAAGAAGACAUUGCUCACAAAGUGUGACAACCACUAACCAGCUAGUCAUCUUGAGCCAGUCAUGCUAGACAACCAGUAACCAACCUGUCAUCUUGAGCCAGUCAUGCUAGACAACCAGCAACCAACCUGUCAUCUUGAGCCAGAUAACAGUAACCAGCCGGUCAUCUUGAGCCUGUCAUGCUAGACAACCAGAAACCAACCUGUCACCUUGAGUCAGUCAUGCUAGACAACCAGUACCCCCAGUCGGUCAUCUUGAGCCAGUCAUGCUAGACAACCAGCCACCAGCCGGUCAUCUUGCGCCAGAUAACAGUAACCAGCUGGUCAUCUUGAGCCAGAUAACAGUAACCAGCCGGUCAUCUUGAGCCAGAUAACAGUAACCAGCCGGUCAUCUUGAGCCCAUCAUGCUAGACAACCAACAAGUUUCCAGGCAUCCGCAUUCUUUCAAGCCUGCAGUAAUCAUGUAGUGGAAUAGCAGAGGUUUCAGUUUGUUGGACGGCAGUGGCUUCUAUCGCCAUGGAAACAGCUAUUUCCAGAAAUCCAUGCAAAUUCUCAGUUUUCA